GUAAGGGUCAUGUGACUGACGAUCGCCAAGUUCGUCAACUUUGAGUAGUUCAUUGAAUACUUGAAUAAUGAUGAAUAGACAGGGUUAUAUUUAUAUAUUCAGUAUUCUUGCAUCAACUGUGAAUGGUUUUAAUCAGAAUGAAACCAAAGUACAUAUACAUUUUUCUAAAUCUGACCUUAAGACAGUAUUAGGAGAUGUGGACAGUGUUCAGCUUAUUUUGAGUGAAACUGCCAAAAAGAAUGCCACUGUUGUAUUUACCUAUCAAACGGGGGAUGAAAUCCAACUGGUGGAAACAAAUAACUAUAUAACUCCAAUUCCAAAUAUCAGCAUCGUAGCCAACCAGACAAAGGCUGUUUCCAUCAACAUUACGAGUACUGGGGUCGGCCAUCUUAACCUUGGAAUCAACUCCUCAUCAGACCAGUUUAUAGGGUUAUCCCAGCAGUUCGUGAGGAUCACCAUUGUACACAGCUCUGCUCUGGUUGUGAUUAACUCCAUCAUUGGCUGGAUUUAUUUUGUGGCCUGGUCAAUCUCCUUUUAUCCACAGGUGUUUGAGAACUGGAGGCGUAAAAGUGUUGUUGGUCUCAACUUUGACUUCCUCUUGUACAAUAUCACUGGGUUCCUAGUGUAUGGAUUCUUCAAUGUUGGAAUGUAUUGGGUAGAUAAUGUAAAGGAUGAAUAUAUGUCUCAGCAUCCAAGAGGGAUUAAUCCUGUUCAGUUGAAUGAUGUGAUCUUCACUCUCCAUGCUGUGUUUGUGACAAUCAUAACAAUAAUCCAGUGUUUUAUAUAUGAUCGAGGAAGUCAGAAGAUUUCCAAGUUCUGUUUGACCCUGAUCAGCCUUGCCUGGCUCUUCAUCAUUGUGACCUUGUUUGUAGUCAUCUUUGGGGACAACCUGAUCUCCUGGCUGCAGUAUCUGUACUACUUCUCUUACAUCAAACUUGGAGUGACCAUCAUCAAGUACAUUCCCCAGGCCUGGAUGAACUGUCAGAGACAGAGCACACUGGGCUGGAGCAUAGGAAACGUCCUACUGGACUUCACAGGGGGCAGCUUUAGCUUGUUACAGAUGUUUCUAUUGGCUUAUAACAACGAGGACUGGUCAUCAAUAUUUGGGGAUCCCACCAAGUUUGGUUUAGGUGCUUUCUCCAUCCUGUUUGACAUUCUGUUCAUGGUUCAGCAUUACUGUUUGUAUCGCGGCAAGGAUCCGUACGAGAGUUUAAACAAUUAUGAGAAGGAGGUAGAAGCUCCAUUACUUAGUGCUGUACAUUGAUGUACAAACAAAUAUGCCGUACUCAAAGACUGCAGUAGUUGUGAGUCUGCCUCUCCUUUCAUGAUCAGGUGCAAUAUAACUGAUGGUGCCAUUUAUUUUACCUCAAUAGAACCCAUUAAGUUAAAGGAAGACUGUGUGUCACAAUCCUAUCUGAUGCCGUUGUAUAGUCUAAAAUUGGGUGUACUGGAUGAUAUAAGACAGAUAGAGAUUAGGUAGAUGUGUAAGAAUGGAUAAAAAUGAAUGUGCAAUAUUGUUACUUUGUAAAUGAAAAUUUUGUCUGUGAUAACUUAGUAUUUUAACUGUUGUGAUGCUAAUCCUCACAUUCCUUGUUUUUGUUUGGUUGUAUGAAUAUAAUAGAUACCAGAAUUGGGGUCAAUUACUUUGAAAAGUAAUUAAUUACUUUCAAAUACAUUGACAAUUUUAUCAAUUACUUGCAAUUACAAUUACAUUGAUUUUUUAAAAUGUAAUUAAUUACUCUCAAUUACUUUGAUAAAUGUAAUUAAUUACAUUUCAAAUACUUUAGUUUUAUUUUUAUCUUGAGAACAUAUACAUACCCGGUAUAUUAACAGCAUUAAGAUAUACAGAGCUUUAUGCACGGUUAUGUUUUUAAAGGUUGUAUAGUUCAGUUCAGAUCAGAUUUCUUGAAAAUUUCUAGAAAAAUUUUCUAUAACAUUAAAUUCAUUAAGUACCAUUGAGUUCAUUUUUGGUUCUGAAUAAUAUUUUCUCUAUAGUGAAUUAAUUUUUAUUCACAUAUUAAAACUAUGUUAAUUCAGAAAGUACAACUUUCGGAAGUGCAGCAUUUCAGUAUAUAAAUAAUAAUUGCUAUAAUUCACAAGAAUGAAAUAUUUUGACUCCCGUAAGUCUAAAAUCAAUGGGGGUUCUUGGGUAUUAAGAGGAGUUCACACAUCCACAAAAUUAGAUCUUUACCUAUUGCCCUGGGCAGUGUGUUAUGCUGUAUAAACAUAUGAAACAUUAUGGGACAUUUAAUUAUUGUAUAAACAAAGGUCCAUGCCAAAUAUGUAUAAGUUCUAUUUAUCAUUAUAAGACACCUUUUUUAUAUUUUAAACUUGGAAAAAAAGUAACUGAGAUGUAAUUGAAAAGUAAUUGAAAAUACACAAUAUUUUUGGAAUGUAUUUAAAUACAUUCAAUUACUUGUAAUUAAAGACAGACUCAAUUACAAAUUGCUUUCAAAUACUUUGAAAAAUGUAAUUAAUUUCACUCAAUUACAAAUACUUUUUUGAAUUACCCCAUCCCUGAUAGAUACAUCCAUUUAAUUUAUAUGCUUGCUGCCUAAUCUUUUCAUAUACCGGUACAUAUAUGUUUUCUAAUUCUCUGUAUUGUUAAAUUUUUAAAAAUUAAAGAAUUUGUAUUACACAAUUUUA